AUGCCAAACACCACAGGCAAGAUUUGCCAGUGGGGCUGCUACGAUGAAGAGGACGAAGCUUGCCAUCCAGGGCUUACCAACAUGCAGUGCGCGGAGAUCUACGGGCACGUGGAGUGGAUCCAGGUGUGCGACUGCGUGGACGAGGCGACGGGCUUGCGUGACAACAUCACGGUCGCGGCGCCGAGGUUGGCGCCCGCAAAUCUGUACUUCUCGGUGCCUGCCUUCGUCGUCCUCUUCCGUGAGAGCUUGGAGGUGGUGAUUGUCCUUGCCAUCAUCAUGCAAUUCCUGACGAAGAUGAAGAACGACGGCCUUCUUGAG